GGUGCCGGCGGGGGCGGGGCUGAGGGCGCGCAUGCGCGGGGAAGGGGCGGGGCGGCCCCACACCUGGCAGCGGGCGGGGCCGAGAACCCGGAAGGGCCGGGCGGCGGGAGGCGGCGGCCGCCAUGGGCCUGUUCGGGAAGACCCCCGAGAAGCCGCCCAAGGAGCUGGUCAAUGAAUGGUCCUUGAAGAUAAGGAAAGAAAUGAGAGUGGUUGAUAGACAGAUCAGAGAUAUCCAGAGGGAAGAGGAGAAGGUGAAGCGGUCGAUAAAGGAUGCUGCCAAAAAGGGUCAGAGAGACGUGUGUGUGAUCCUGGCGAAGGAACUGAUCCGCUCUCGAAAGGCCGUGAGCAAACUCUACGCGUCCAAAGCUCACAUGAACUCUGUCCUCAUGGGGAUGAAGAACCAGCUGGCUGUCCUGAGAGUAGCAGGUUCAUUGCAGAAGAGCACAGAAGUGAUGAAAGCUAUGCAAAAUCUAGUAAAAAUCCCCGAAAUCCAAGCAACGAUGAGGGAGUUGUCCAAAGAGAUGAUGAAGGCUGGUAUUAUAGAGGAAAUGCUGGAGGACACCUUUGAGGGCCUGGAGGAUCAGGAGGAAAUGGAAGAGGAAGCAGAGAUGGAAAUCGACAAAAUCCUUUUUGAAAUUACAGCUGGGGCCUUGGGCAAAGCGCCGAGUAAAGUCACAGACGCUCUCCCGGAGCCCGAGCCCAUGGGAGCGGCCGCCGCGGUGGACGAGGAGGAGGACAUCGAAGCCAUGCAGUCGCGACUGGCCACGCUCCGCAGCUAAGGGCGCAACGCAGCUGUACAGUUCGCCUUGUCUUCUUUUUGCAGUGGGAUAUUCUGUCCUACAUUUAAAAUACAAAACUUAAUAUGCGAGAAUACUUUAUGUAAUAUAUAUAUAUAUAUUUUUUUUUCUUCCUGGGGAGCGUGUUCUCCAAGAAACUACUGUAAUAUACUUCUUCUUGGGGGGUGCAGUCUGUAAAGAUGGUCUUACCCUUUUCUGUUCAGCCCGUCUCCCCUCAGAGGGGCUGUGGUGAAAUGGUGGCGUCACGUCAUGUAUUUUUAGAUAUAAAGUCCUGAAAGUACAUUUUUAGCUUCAAGUAGCAUCUUUCCCUAAAAUGCACUUUAGUUUAGUCUGCUACCACAAACCUGCAGUGGUGUAAGAUCUUUGUUUUUCUGAAUCACUACAGAUUUUAUUAAAGCUGCUUUUAACAUUA